AUGUGGUUUAUUGGGGGAACAUGGCAGUCAUGCAAGGGGAAAACGACCCCUGACAUCAUAUCACAGGUGAUUUGGAACGUGUUUGAACAGAAUUUCCGCCACGAGAUCCACCAGCUCAACCAUCAUCUCUUGCCUGCUGCCUGGGCAUCAGUAUCUGAAGCCGGCUUGCGCAAGAACCUCAUUCGUCACAUUUUCCCUGAUGACAGCAACAGUGUUGUCAUCUCCACAGAUCCACCUUCUCACAUGGGCCUAGCGGCGGAUAAUUGGCAGGAUUGUGUGAAGUAUGUGGAAGCUUUACAACGAGUGGUAUUGGGUUGGCCAGGGGACACUUUGAGACAGUUGAAAGUGCAGUACAUGUCUGAAAAUAAGACAGUCAAUGGUUGGUUUUUGCCUUUCUUCCCUCCCCAUCUUUGUCCCUCGUCUAACGGCGCCAUGUUCAAACGGAAAGCGGUAAAAUCUCAUGAAGAGCUUCUCAGAAGCUUAGUGGCAGCAGGCACAUUCCAAACACGGAGAGUCUAUGGCACGGGAGACAUGACAUCUGAACCCUGGGCCAAUGUUUACACUCCCCAGGGCCAUUUUGUCCAGCAUAUAGAUUCCUCUCAAGAGGAUCAAACUGAUACUUUCAAGGCUUUGGCCACUGACAUAAUUGGUGAAGCUGAAGGGGUAAAACCAGGUAAAAAGGCAUGCCAAUUUCAGCGAUGGGAGGGGGAAAUCCUUCCUGCUCUUAUGCAACCUUAUAUUCAACUCCUGAGGGAGACUGACUCUCUGCGAAAUAUGUUAGAAGUUAGACAGGUGGCUGGUUGUAGUGGUUGUCAUGCCGGAAGAUCUUUAAAAGUUGCAUGUAUAUUUUUUGAAAGGAUUGAGACACUCACUCUGUGUACAUGCACAUCUCCAGCCCUGCAACUGCUUCAGCAGGUUGACCUGAAUAUGCUUGAGUUUGUCAAUGGCCUUUUUGUCAAUGCUGCACCAAAUACAACAGCUUGGUGUGAGACCUUGGAGUCAUUUCUUGGUAAUAGGAGGUACAAGCUAUCUACUCGAAAUAACUUGUGCCGGCGCUUUGGGGCUGCUAUGCAGUGGCUGCCAGUCACUGAUUCUUCAGAUGAUGAUGCAGAAAUGAUCAGCCCAGAUAGUGAAAAUGCUACUCCAGAGGCUGCAUCUGUUCCUGAGACAGAUAAUGAAGAUCAACCGAAUGCAUGCUUCAAGCAGAAAUCAAGAAAGGCUCAAGGCAAGGAACCACCUGCUCCUCCUGGUGAAAAGCAACAUUAUGCUCUUGUUCUUUUGGAGCGUCUCUUUGAUCACUUACCCUCUACUGCAUGUUGUUUCAUGCUUAUGGUCAUCAGUGGGCUUGCCAGCUUAUUUACAAUCCAAGAAAGUGUACUGGUUUUGGAUUAA